AUGGCUAAAGGCGGCGAUGUUCUGCAGUCUUUCUUCUUGAAACAGAGAAAGCAGAUCAAGAACAAAAAGAUUAUGAAGGCAAUGAAGAUCAUGAGAAGAACCCAGAAACAACACUCUGAGAUGUUGAAUCUCUUGAUUCAGGAGCAAGAAAACCUCAACACCCUGUUUGGGUCUCAGCUGGAUUCCUCUGAUUCCGGGUCGGAUAAUGAUUACACUGAAUUCUCGCCGGUUUUCUCAGAUUCGAUGCCGGAUGAUGACAAUUUCGGGUCGUCGAACGAUGAAUCAGAGCCAAUGUCGCUGGUCGACAAUGAUUUCGAUUCUAAUGAUGUUGUUAGUCAUAGAGCCGGGCUUGUGUAUACAAUAGAACGGAUUGAAGAGAGAUUCAUCAAGAUGGGAAUUAAGGUUGUAAAGGGCUACAACUCAAAUCAGGGCUCCAAUUUCAAAUUUCAGAAGCUCAGGAGUGUUGCCUCCUCCACUACUGAUUGUUUUGGUGUCCGGUAUUAUUCUCUGUUCUUCGAAGCAUGGGAUUCCGACGCGCCGGCCAAUUCAAUGGCGGAGACAUUUCGGGCUGAGAUUGCUGAUAAUGGCUGUGGAGAAGGUAUCGUUUUGGCUUGCGAGAUUCAGGAUCCAGUUUAA